AAUUAUUCACUCAAAUUCACAAAGGGUUUCGACUUUGCUCCGAGGAAGAAGAUAAUAUGAAAAGAGCUUUUUAGGGUUUAUCAUUCUCCUUGACUUUGCAAAACGUGAAAUCAGCUUCUUCCUUGGAGGACUAAUCAAGACAGAAAUCUGUUCCUCUAAAAACGAUCGCCGUUCUAGUUCACUCAAAUGAUGGUGAAAGUUACAAAGCUUGUGGCUUCACGUCCAAUUGUGGUCUUUUGCGUCCUGGCAUUCCUGGUGGUUGUUUUCGAGUGCAUUUGGAUCUCAAAUUGGCGAACAACAACGGAGAACCUAGUCAAAGAGGUCGCUUCAUUUACCGAAGAUCUCCGGACAAGUCUAGUUUCGGAGAUUGAAAACAUCGGAAAAUUUACAUAUGCCAAGACAAACUUAUCUACGAUCGGUUUAGCGAGAGUUAUAGAUUCUUAUAUCACCAACAACGACACUGGUUUUACAGAGAUUCAAACACAGAUCGCACCAUUGUUGUUUGUAGCUUAUUCAACGAUCCUUCAAGUCUCACAAGUUUCGUACAUCAGUAGGGACGGUCUCAUGUUUUCUUACAUUGCAGAAUCAAACACAAGUGUCGCUGUUUUUGCCAAUUCCUCGUCGAAUUCAAGUCGUGGAGACUACACUUGGUACACUCAAACCGUGGAUCAGUUAACUGGUCGUCUUAACGGGAACUCAACGAAAUCUCAGUCGUUAGAUGUAACCCAUACAGAUUGGUUCCAAGCAGCACAGAGUAAUAACUACACUACAGCCUUUGUAGGAACGAGCUUGGGAGGAGAAGAUAACGAGACUCUAAUACAGAGCGUGGUUAGCUUGUACAGCAAGAAAGGUCUUGUUUCUUUAGGGUUUCCGGUUAAGACUUUAACCGAAGUUUUGAACAGUUUGAAUCUACACGGCGAAGAGCUUUACAUGUGGACAAAGGACGGGACGGUGCUUGUUCGUGAAGGUUCACUGAAUGAUUCUUUCUUCAUCUCCAAUGGCUCGAUUUGCUUCGGUAGAGAAUCGAACUCCCUCUGGUCUCAAUGCAUCCCUGAAAAUUGCAGUUCCAGUGGCUACGAGGUGGAGAUCAAAAGAUUAAGAUACCAAGCUUUUUGCUCUGUUAUUGAAGUUUCGGGCGUUCCUCUGAGAUACACACUCAUGUUUCCCAACAAAGGAGGAGCAACACGCAUCAAGCACCAAGCGGAAAAGGCAAAAUAUCAACUUAUUGUGGUUAUGAUAUUUCUUGGCUUCGGUUGGCCUGUAUGGUUUGUGUGGUUUAUGAUGCAAGCAACAAGGAGAGAGAUGCAUAUGCGUGCAACGCUGAUAAACCAAAUGGAAGCGACACAACAAGCUGAGAGAAAGAGCAUGAACAAGAGUCAAGCAUUUGCAAAUGCUAGCCACGAUAUUAGAGGUGCCCUUGCAGGGAUGAAAGGUCUGAUUGAUAUAUGUCGUGAUGGAGUUAAACCUGGCUCCGACGUAGACACCACUCUCAACCAAGUGAAUGUUUGCGCCAAGGAUUUGGUUGCUCUGCUCAACUCUGUUUUGGACAUGAGCAAAAUCGAAAGCGGGAAGAUGCAGUUAGUGGAAGAAGAUUUCAACUUGUCGAAACUUCUUGAAGACGUCAUCGAUUUUUACCAUCCCGUUGCGAUGAAGAAAGGGGUUGAUGUAGUUUUGGAUCCGCACGAUGGCUCGGUUUUCAAAUUCUCGAAUGUACGAGGGGAUAGUGGCAGACUGAAGCAGAUUCUGAACAAUCUUGUUAGCAAUGCUGUCAAGUUCACCGUCGACGGGCACAUUGCGGUAAGAGCUUGGGCUCAGAGGCCAGGUUCCAAUAGCUCUGUGGUCCUUGCAUCAUAUCCUAAAGGUGUGUCCAAGUUUGUAAAGAGUAUGUUCUGCAAGAAUAAAGAAGAGUCAUCAACCUACGAGACAGAAAUAUCGAAUUCCAUAAGAAACAAUGCAAACACGAUGGAGUUUGUGUUUGAAGUGGAUGAUACUGGUAAAGGGAUACCUAUGGAGAUGCGUAAGUCGGUAUUUGAAAACUAUGUUCAAGUAAGAGAAACAGCUCAAGGACACCAAGGAACUGGUUUAGGGCUCGGGAUUGUGCAGUCUUUGGUAAGAUUAAUGGGAGGGGAGAUAAGAAUCACCGACAAGGCCAUGGGAGAGAAAGGAACAUGUUUCCAAUUCAAUGUUUUAUUGACAACAUUAGAGUCUCCUCCAGUGAGUGACAUGAAAGUGAGACAGGAGAUCGAAGCAGGAGGCGAUUAUGUAUCCACGCCAAACCUCGGGCUGACUAUAAACACUUCACUUGGAGGUAGCAUGAAUAUACGUAACCUGAGUCCUAGAUUCAACAACUGUCUCAGCUCAAGUCCAAAGCAAGAAGGUUCUAGAGUGGUUCUUCUAUUGAAAAAUGAAGAACGCAGAAGAGUUACAGAGAAAUACAUAAAGAAUCUUGGGAUUAAAGUUACAGUGGUGGAGAAAUGGGAGCAUUUGAGUUAUGCUUUGGAGAGACUUUUUGGAUUUUCACCUCAGAGUUCCAUGGGAAGAGCAGAGUGUAGUUUGUCAUGUCCGAGCUCAAGGGAGUUACCUUUCAUUGGCAUGGACGGUAUUGAUUCAAGAAGCCAACUUCCUAAAAGGAGAAGCAUCAGUUUCUCUGCAGUUGUCCUUUUGGUGAUUGAUGCAAAAACUGGACCAUUUUUUGAGCUGUGCGAUAUUGUCAAACAGUUUCGUAGAGGCUUGCCCCAUGGAAUAUCCUGUAAAGUUGUUUGGCUUAACGAAUCGAGCACUCGUGUAAGUGAGAGAGGGGACAUUAGUUGUUCGAGACCUUUGCACGGAUCGCGUCUUAUGGAAGUCUUGAAGAUGUUGCCUGAAUUUGGAGGAACUGUGCUAAAAGAACCACCUACUGAGCUGCAAAGGGAAUCAUUGCUGAGACAUUCUUUUGUUGCAGAGAGAUCACCAAAACAUAAAGUCCAAGAAGAGGGGCCAAGCUCAAUGUUUAACAAAAAAUUAGGUAAGAGGAUAAUGGCAUCAACAGAUUCAGAGAGUGAGACUAGGGUCAAGUCAGUGCGUACCGGUCGAAAGCCUAUUGGGAACCCAGAGGACGAGCAAGAGACUUCCAAGCCGAGUGACGAUGAAUUCUUAAGAGGAAAGAGAGUUCUUGUGGUCGAUGAUAACUUUAUAUCACGUAAAGUUGCAACAGGAAAGCUGAAGAAGAUGGGAGUCUCAGAGGUCGAACAAUGCGACAGUGGGAAAGAAGCUUUGAGAUUAGUCACUGAAGGGCUUACACAAAGAGAAGAACAAGGUUCAGUAGAUAAACUUCCGUUUGACUACAUAUUCAUGGACUGCCAAAUGCCAGAAAUGGAUGGCUAUGAAGCAACUAGAGAGAUUAGGAAAGUGGAGAAAAGUUAUGGGGUGCGUACACCAAUUAUAGCUGUAUCUGGUCAUGAUCCUGGUUCAGAGGAAGCAAGAGAAACCAUUCAAGCUGGAAUGGACGCCUUCUUAGAUAAAAGCUUGAAUCAACUUGCAAACGUCAUUAGAGAAAUCGAAAGCAAACGUCACUAGUAUUGUAUAAGUAGACAGCACGCAGCUUUGUGCUACUACCAUUAGUGUUUUAGACAAUACUUUUUUAGUAUGACGAUGUCAUAGCAGUUUUCUUCUAAGUUUAUUUAAAGUCCAUUUCAGAU